AUGUCAAAAAGGAAAGAAUUAUCUGAAGGAGAACGCAACCAGAUAAUUGGUGCUUGGAAAUGUGAUGUGCCUGUUUCUGUUAUUAAAGAAAAAUUAAAUUUUGCUAGUACUACUAUUAAAGAUGUGAUAAAAUAUUAUAAAAAUACUAGCAAAGUAAAACCACCUCCACAAAGUGGCAGAAAACCUAUUUUAACUGAACGUGAUAAACGUCAUUUAAUUCAUGUUAUUAAAGAAGACCAAAAAGUUCCUUUAAAUGUAUUAAAUAAAAAAUUUACACAAGCUACAUCAACUAAAGUUUCUACACAUACUUUACGAU